GCCUUCGCCCCUACAUUGACUAUUUACACUUUAAGAACUUAUAUCACUACCUUAAAACCCAGCAAGUGAUAGACACACAUCGGUUUUGGCCAGCUGUUGUCACAAAAGGUACCAACUUACGGCGACGCCUCUUCUCAUCAGGAUCGUCAACAAGAUUUUUGGCAACCGCUCGACUCAUCUCACUUGCUAUUCAUAACGGACGAUAACACACAACAAAUCCAGUCCCUUCAUCAAUAAGCAAACAUGCCUAUCGUCUUCUGCCCAUUCUGCGCCAACCUCCUCAUCCUCUCCCGAGCGGACACGGGUGGCAACAGGCUCGAGUGCAGAACCUGUCCUUACGAACACCCCAUCGACAAGCCCAUCUACUCCCGCAAGAACUUCCCGCGAAAGGAGAAGGAAGACGUGUUUGGUGGGCCAGGCGCUUGGGACAAUGCACAAAAGGGCAAGGUCCAGUGUGACAGCGGAACUUGCAAUGGCAACGAGGCAGCCUUCUUCCAGGUUCAGAUUCGUAGUGCUGAUGAACCGAUGACGACGUUCUACAAGGUAAGAAGGGGAUUACAGACUUAUGGGAUAAAGUAAGAAGCUAACAUAUCUCGUAGUGUAUGACUUGCGGGCACAGG